AUGAUUUACUCACCUUUAGAGCAAUUCGAAAUUAAACCAUUAUUAAUAAUUAAUGGUAAUAUAACAUAUAGUUUAACUAAUUAUGUUAUUUAUGUUAUAUUAGUUAUAUCAUUCAUUUAUGGUUAUUAUUUAUUAACACAAAAUGUUAAAUUAGGUUGAACACGUUGAGGUUUAGCUAUUAAUGCAAUAUUUGAUACUAUAUUAAAUAUGGUUAAUUCACAAAUAGGUAACAAAGGAGGUUAUUACUUCCCAUUAAUAUUUACAUUAUUUAACUUUAUUUUAUUAGCUAAUUUAAUCUCAAUGAUACCUUAUUCAUUUGCUAUAUCAGCACAAAUAAUAGCUAUAAUAUCAUUAAGUUUAACUUUAUGAUUUGGUAUAACAAUUAUUGGAUUAGUUAAACAUGGUGCAGGUUUCUUCGCAUUAUUUGUUCCUAGUGGAACACCUAUUGUUUUAGUACCUAUGCUAGUAUUAAUCGAAACAUUAUCAUAUAGUUCAAGAGCUAUAUCAUUAGGUUUACGUUUAUCAGCUAACGUAUUAUCAGGACACUUAUUAAUGUUAAUAUUAGGUUCAUUAAUAUUUAAUUUAAUGUCUAUUUCAUUAUUUUCAUUUAUUGGAGGUAUUAUUCCAAUGAUUGCUGUUGUAUUAAUUGUUAUAUUAGAAGUUGGUAUAUCAAUGAUACAAGCUUAUGUAUUCUGUAUCUUAUUUAGUGGUUACUUAAAAGAUUCUAUAGAUUUACAUUAA